AUGUCUGCGGUUCUUGCGCUCUUCCUUGCCGGGCUGGCCACGUUCGCCUCCGCUGACAUCCACGGUGUUACGCCGCACGAUAUGUACAGCUCGUCGGUCGGCGUGCUGGGCUGCAAAAUUGACACCAACCGCGUCGCCUACUUCCCGCAGUCCGUGGACUGCGACAACAUCUGCGUCCGCGUGUCGUACAACGGCCGGUCAGUCGAUCUCCUGCGCGUCGACCAGUCCGGCGGCGCCUACGACAUCUCGUACGACGCCUGGGCGUGGCUCCAGACGGGCAUGAGCGCGUCCGCAGACCCCAUCACCGGCGGCGCCGUCAACAUGGAUGUCGAGACCGUCCCCGCCGACAACUGCCUCCAGUACCUCGAGACCGGCGGGCUCCCCCUCUCCGCGCCCAACAGCAUGAACUACGUCGCCAGCUGCCUGGCCCAGCCGAACAGCUGGGUGGCCCAGCACUACCAGCUCUUCAACAUCCAGGACCCCGUCUGCCACUGGGGCUAUGACGAGCAGUGCACCCUGAACCUUGCCGUCAGCAACCAGCCCUCUUGCCCGCAUGCGUUGGGCAGCACGAACGGGCGCCUGCCGGACACGGUCUUCAACAUCCAGUAUGGCACUGGCCAAGUUGUGGCCGCUCCCUGA